UCGAAGUUCACGCAGGUUUUUCCAUGUGCAGCUGCCAGCUCAGUCGGACUUACGUUUCCAGAUUCAUUUAAGGAACUGGACUAAAGUGAAAGGAAGACAGUGCGGUUGAGAGCAGAGCUGUUGGUCGACACAGAAUGGCUGCACUGCACCGUCUGAGACAAUGCCACCCUGCAGGCAUUGCUAUCUCUCAUCUUCACACAAGCAGCCGGGCGUCAGCCAAACAGCAUUACAAAAUGCUUGUGCUCGGAGGAGGAAGUGGAGGCAUUGCGAUGAGUGCUCGGAUGAAGGGAAUAAUGGGAGCUGAGAACGUGGCUGUUGUGGAGCCCAGCGAGACUCACUACUAUCAGCCAAUAUGGACCCUGGUUGGUGCUGGUGCCAAAACCGUAGCCUCAUCGGGUCGUUCCACUGCGAGCGUUAUGCCGUCUGGAGUGAAGUGGGUGAAAUCUAAAGUUCAGGAAAUAAACCCGGCUACAAACACUGUUCGAACAGAUGACGGGAAUGAGAUCUCCUAUGAGUAUUUGAUUGUCGCGCUUGGUUUACAACUCCAUUAUGAGAAGGUUAAAGGACUGGCAGAGGGAUUGGAUCACCCAAAGAUUGGGUCAAACUACUCAGUGAAAACUGUGGAGAAAACGUGGAAAGCCCUGCAGAACUUCAAAGAGGGAAACGCUGUGUUUACUUUUCCAAAUACUCUUGUGAAAUGUCCUGGAGCUCCACAGAAGAUCAUGUACCUAUCAGAUGAUUAUUUCAGAAAGACAGGUAAAAGGGAAAAGGCAAACUUAAUAUACAACACAUCGCUCCCUGUGCUCUUUGGGGUCAAGAAAUAUGCAGAUGCAUUGUGGGACAUCGUAAAACAACGUGACCUACAAGUAAACCUGAGGACCAACCUGGUUGAAGUGCGGGCAGACAAGCAAGAAGCUGUGUUUGAAAAUCUUGACAAACCAGGCGAAACCACAGUGAUUGAGUAUGAAAUGCUUCAUGUCACACCACCAAUGGGACCCAAUUUGGUGGUUAAAGGCAGUCCACUGGCAGAUGAGGCUGGCUGGUUGGAUGUUAACAAAGAAAACCUCCAACACAACAGGUAUCCAAAUGUGUUUGGGAUUGGAGACUGUACCAACCUGCCGACAGCCAGGACAGCAGCUGCUGUUGCUGCACAGUCUGCUAUCCUGCACAGAACCAUAAGGAAAAUAAUGAAAAAUGAGAAGCCAGAUAAGAAGUAUGAUGGCUACACCUCAUGUCCAUUGGUUACAAGCUACAAUACAGUCAUUCUGGCAGAGUUUGACUACAAUUUGCAACCCCUGGAAACGUUCCCCAUCAACCAAGCCAAAGAAAGAAAAGUGAUGUACCACAUGAAAGCUGAUAUGAUGCCUCACCUCUACUGGCACGGCCUUCUAAGGGGCGUGUGGGGUGGACCAGCACCAUACAGGAAGCUCCUUCAUCUUGGGAUGAAAUGAGACUCCACCAUUAUUAUUGCGAGUUCAUAGUAACAUUCCCUAAACUUAAGGGAAAGAAGUAGCACAUUAAAUCAGUCGUUCUACUUAGGGCUGGACACACUGUAUACAGCGGCUAGUACAAUGGUCAAAUAAGUAGCACAUCAUAAUUAUUACUUCAAUAUGUGUUAAGUAAUACAUUAAAAUGAGUCACUUGGCCUGUGAGAAACACUGCAAAUUAACAGUGAAAUCUGCAGUCUUCUUGGCUUUUAGCUGCUUAAAGUUUAAUCAUUAUUUUAUGGUGACACAUUGCAAGAUCUUUCUGCUUUUAACAAACCCCAUCAGUGGCAUACUCAAGCUGAGUAGGGGCUAAAAAUCCAUUGGAAGGGCUCCUCAGAGCGCACUUUAUCACAAUGGAAGGGUCACUCAGAGGGAAAAUUUUUCAUCAACAUCCACGAGGGCAUUCUUGCAGGAUAUUUAAGGAAUGGAUAACAGUGUAGACCGAGCAGAAGUAAUAUUACUAAGACUGCUUCAAAAAAAUUGUGAGGGAAAAAGGGAUCGGUAUUAUAAGUGCAUAUUAUCACAAAGUAAUGUUCUUUAUGUCCAUGAAUUUCAUUGUAAAAUACUAUGUUCACUAUUUUUUCUACCAAACAUAUUGUGUAUGUGUUUGGCUUAACCACUUAGCAAACUGUCACUAGCACCAUUCUUAUCUUUUAAAUACAAAAUUAUUUUUUGUAUCAAGACAUUCGUUUUUAUCAGCAAUUAUUUUAAAAGAUGAAUCACUCUUUCAUCUUUAAAAUGAAUGUUUACACUUAAACAAUCUCAUGUAACCAUGCUGUUAAAAGCUAUUCUUAAAGAAAAAUCAGGAAUGUACACUCAGUAUAGUUUCUACCUUGUUGCAGUGUAAGGUAUUUUAUAUCCUGAGAUGUAACUGGCAUGUUUUGUAUGAUUUAGCAUCACUGGGAUUUUUACAUUGGGCCCCUACCACGGCCCAAACUAACCCGGAAAAUUUCUAUGACCGCACCUCCAUCACACAAAUGACCCAUAAAAACUAUGCUUUGUUUUACACCCUGAAAAUGGAAGAUAAAUAAUCACUGUAACAUUUCCUCAUAGUUUAAAAAUAAUUUAAACUUUGUAAUCUACACACCUUUCAGACAGUUGAAGCAGGGGGGAGAGGGGCCUUUGAGACACACACUUUAGUGUGAUGAUUGACCCAUUGACUGGAAUUUCUACUUUUGACACUCUAUCCAUUUCAUAAUCUUUAGUAGAGUUCAUUGUGAUGCAAUUUUCAUUUUCAAAUCCUAAUCAAGCUGCACACCCGCAAUAAUGUUGUUGGGAAAAAAACUGCUGCAAAAUGUAAAACAAAACCCUAAAUAAAAACAAAAAUGUUUUAAAAGCCUA